AUGGCCUCAACACUGAAGCGUCUUCUCCGUGCUUUUGCCCUAGCAGCGCCCCCCAGCCGGCCGAGAGACGUCUGGCUUAGCAGGGCCACACUGGUCAGGCCCUGCCAGGCCUGCAGUCCGACAUGCAGCGACACCAGUACGCGGGGCCACGGCCGGCACAGGAGCGGUGCUGCAGCCACCCCUGGCACGGAGGCGACCCUUUCCAUCUGCCGCCUCGUUCCUGCCUGGCAGCAGUGGCGGUGCCGGGAAGUGGCAGAUGCAGAGUGUGACCUGCUUUUCCUUUGCCCUCCAGAGCGAGUUGCCAUCUGGGAAGCGGUGGCUGCCUACCAGGAGCAGCUGCUGGUGCAGAAGGGGGUCUGGAUUCCCACCUUCGGCACCUUUGACACCGUCCCCAAAGAGGUCCGGACUGAGGAUGGGACCGUGACCCUGCGGUGGCCCGUGUUUAACCUGGCUUCAAACCUCACAGCCACGCACCACCUCAAGCCCCACAAGGAGUCCCUGCCAGGAAGACAGUCAGAGAGAGCAGCAAGGAUUGCUGGAGCGCUGCGUCACACCGCUCGCUGUCUUCUCCUGUCGCGCAGGUUUCAAAUGGAGUUUGUAGCCAAACCACCUCCCGCAAUACACCGCAAGUCCUCAGGAAGCCUCUCUGGUCAGGAGACGCCAAAGCAAGAAGGCACUUUGCCACCUCUGGACCAGGGCAAGGAAGUGCAAGGAUACGGUCCCCAAAAGCCACCCUGCCACCUCAUCAUCGCCACCCAGCUCCUCUUUCCCAAGGCCACCCAGCCGUCCUGA